GUUCUUUCUUCCCACCAGCCAUCAGGCAGCAGCAGAGAAUGAAGGUGUUGUGCUUUCAGCGUGGGCUGGUGCCCAAGGAUGUCACCGUUGCAAAGGGGGAUCCGGUCUCCAAGCUGUUCGAGGCCGUGAACAUUGUCGACAAGGACGCUGCGCGCGCUCUUCUGCUCACUGGAAAGGGACGCAUCGUGCUUAGAGGUGACGACAAGAUCGACAUUGACGACGAAACUUGCCGCGCGUUCAUCACCAUUCCCCACAACAAGGAAGAUCUGCAGGAUCGCCCAAAACCAGAUCCACACUACAGGCUCGAGAAGUCGACAAUCAACCGCUUCACGGAGCACCUGAAAGACAAACCAAUUCCCGCCGGCCAUACGGGUGCACUGAUCCAGGUCAAGAACCGAUCAAAGCAGGAGCUGUUUGAUGCUGUUGUGCCGCUGGUGAUCAAAGCGGCGACGGCGCUGCAGAUUCGCGCGGGAAUUCGCGAACCACCAUCAGCAGAGGAGCAGCAGAAGCAGGAGCAGGAGGAGGAGGCACAGCAAGAUGCGCCGUACGAUCCUAUGAGCGAGGUUGACCAGUCGGCGCUGGCGAUGGUGAUGGAGGCUGGCUUUGAGCCGCAGCACUGCGUCAGAGCCCUCUUUGCAUCAAGCAUGAACCCCGAGCAGGCGGUGCUGUGGCUACUGGAGCACCAGGGCGACCCCGCCCUCGACAGACCAAUCACCCCGCCCCCAAAGCCCGUGACAACCAGACACGGGCGCAAGUUCCAGCCAGAUGCACAGGCGUUUCGCAAGCUGAAGGAGCUUGGCUUUGGUGACGACGACGUGGUGGCGGCGCUGCAGGUCACACGCAACAACUUCAACCAAGCGUGCGAACUGCUGCUUGGCGGGGAGGACAUGUCGGUGCUGCGACAGCAGGAGGCGCUGCCUGUCAAGAACUUGCUCAGGAACAUCCUGAAGAGUCCAGCCGUGUGGGACGCAAUGUUCCGACCAGAGUUUGUCCAAGCGCUGGAGUUACUGCUGGAAAGCCACAUGUACGAGGACGAUGCAGACAACAACGCAUGCAUUGCCCAAGGCCUCCGUGAUCUCACAGACACGCUGUCGCGGUUUGAGCCUGAGGUUUACGAGCGGGACGAGCAGGCGCAGUUUGAGGACAGCGGGCUGGACUACGCUGUGCAGCAGGGCGCUGACGGCCGCACAGACGUGUACCAUCGCCUGCUGGAGCGAGUGCUCGGGCAGUCGCCGCUGGACGCGUCGCGGGCGCGAGUGGUGCACGACUUUUUCGAUUUCGGCGAGCCGAGUGGGUACGUGUUUAAUAACGACCGAGAACCCGAGAACGUGGAUCAGAUGGACGGGUUUCGGGCUGCGCGGCAGUUUGCGAGUGCACUGGUUGAGUCGCAGGACGAAGAAGAAGACGAUGAAUACAAUGAUGAGGAUGAAGAGAACGAGGAGGAGGAGGAGUAUGAUGAGGACAUCAACGACGGCACCACUGACGCAUAAUGCCAUGCAGCAAUCGUGGCGUUGUGUGUGUGUGUGUGUGUGUGUGUGUGUGUGUGUGUGUGUGUGUGUGUGUGUGUGUGUGUGUGUGUGUGUACUAAUCGGUGUGUUUUUUUGCAUGUGUUGUGAUUGUGUGGUUGAGCCUUUUAUGAUUGCCUCGUGUGGCUGAAAGGUGGUGUGGUUCGUUGCGAGCCUUUUCACAUAUACAACAAGCCAGCAACA